AUGGCACCAUCCUUUUUGAAGGGCUAUUUCGGCUUUGGGGGAAAUCCUACCGUGGACGAGCUCGAGGAGGGAAAAAACCCUAUUCGUGCCUUGCCCGCCAGCUGGUACACCUCGCAAGACCUCUACGAGCUUGAAAGGCGAGCCAUCUUCUCCAAGAAGUGGCUCCUUACAACGCACAAGUCCAGGCUUGCCAAGCAGGGUGAUUGGCUACGGUAUGACGUGGCCGGCUUUCAGUUCAUCAUCACUCGAGACCGACAAGACAGCAUCAACGCCUUCCACAAUGUUUGCAGGCACCGAGCAUUCCCAAUUGUAACCAGAGAGACUGGUCACAACAGCGUGCUGGCCUGUAAGUACCACGGGUGGUCGUAUGGAUUAAAUGGGAAGCUGGCAAAGGCACCCGGAUACCAGGACAUGGAGGACUUUGACAAGUCCAAAAAUGGCCUGUUCCCUCUCCAUGUCCACGUCGACAAGAACGGAUUCGUCUGGGUAAAUAUGGAUGCGAAUGAGGUGCCCGAAGUUUCAUGGGAGCAGGACUUUGAAGGGGUUGAUGAGCAACCGCGAUUCAAAAAUUACAACUUCGACGACUACGUGUUUGACCACACGUGGGAGAUGGAGGGAGACUACAACUGGAAGAUCCUGGCAGAUAACUACAAUGAGUGUUAUCACUGCAAGACAACCCAUCCAGACAUUCCCACCAUAGCAGAUUUGAACUCGUAUUACGUCGAGACAAAGGGCUGCCAUAUUCAACACUUUGGAAACCCGAAACCGGAGCAAAUUGCGCGCGGGCUCAACGUCGCCAGCACAUAUUUUUUCCCUAAUGCGUCGAUGAACGUCUCGCCACACUUCUUCUUCAUGCAGAGGUUUGUGCCUGUCAGCCCAGGAAAGGCGGUGAUGAAGUACGAAGUCUACAGAAACAAGAAUUCCAGUGAUGAGGAUUUCAAGCUCAUUGAUGACAUGUACAAGCGAAUCAUGUCCGAGGACAAGGUUCUUUGUGCCAAUGCCCAGAGGAACAUCAAUGCUGGUGUGUUUAUCAACGGCGAAAUGCACCCCAAGAUGGAAAAGGGCCCGUUGUAUUUCCAGAAGCUGGUGCGACAACAGUUGACGGAGCACCAUCAGUUAGAGACGGACAUGGGCGAGGAGAUAUGGCCGGCGCGUCAGACCUUGCCAAAGAGUGCUGUGGCGACGGAGAAGGACAUCAGUUUUUGUUCGGCGGUGGACUGCUGCAAGCUCAACCGGGUCGCUGUAGAGGUGUAG